GACAACCCUAAAAACAUAUUACUACCAGCCUAACAUCCUGGAUACUUAAAUUUCUAGAUCGGAUUAGGCACCAUGGGCAAUCAAGCCUCUGCCAACCAGAACGAGAAGAAGGGAGAUCAGAAGGGCAAGCGUGAGAGACCGCAGCCGCCAACAAGAACUGGCCGAACCAAGGGCCGAAAGAAGCCAAGAAGGGGACCCGAUGUGGCUUCAAAGCUACCGGGUGUCACGCCUCAUGCUCGAUGUAGGCUCAAGCUACUCAAGAUGGAGCGUAUCUCCGACUGGUUGCUCCUGGAGGACGAAUUCUUGAAGAACAUCAAUGCAACUCUGAAUGUGAAACAGGAGGAGAAGGAUGAUGAUGAGCAAUCGAAGGUAGACGACCUACGUGGAACUCCGAUGAGUGUUGGUAACCUCGAAGAGAUCAUUGAUGACAACCACGCCAUCGUUUCCACAUCAGUCGGAUCCGAACAUUAUGUCUCGAUUUUGAGCUUUGUUGACAAGGAGCAACUAGAACCCAACAGUAGUGUACUACUCAAUCACAAGGUACAUGCCGUCGUAGGAGUUUUAAAUGAUGAUGUCGAUCCAAUGGUGACAGUCAUGAAACUUGAGAAGGCACCUCAGGAAACCUAUGCAGAUAUUGGUGGUUUAGAUCAACAAAUUCAAGAAAUCAAGGAGUCAGUAGAAUUACCUCUAACACAUCCCGAAUACUAUGAGGAAAUGGGUAUAAGACCGCCAAAAGGUGUCAUCCUUUAUGGGCCACCCGGCACGGGUAAAACAUUAUUGGCAAAGGCAGUGGCAAAUCAGACUUCGGCAACUUUCCUUCGUGUCGUCGGCUCUGAGCUCAUUCAGAAGUAUCUCGGUGAUGGCCCUAAGCUGGUGAGAGAAUUGUUCCGUGUUGCCGAGGAGCACGCCCCAUCUAUUGUGUUCAUAGAUGAGAUCGAUGCCGUUGGAACGAAGCGUUACGACUCAAAUUCAGGAGGAGAACGUGAAAUCCAGAGAACCAUGUUGGAGUUACUCAAUCAGUUGGACGGCUUCGACUCCCGAGGUGAUGUCAAAGUUAUCAUGGCUACGAACAGGAUUGAAACUCUUGAUCCAGCCUUGAUUCGUCCAGGUCGUAUCGACCGUAAGAUUGAAUUCCCUCUGCCGGAUGAGAAAACGAAGCGGCGCAUUUUCAACAUUCACACUGCCAAGAUGACAUUGGCCGAAGAUGUGGCUUUCGACGAACUAGUAAUGGCCAAGGACGACCUGAGUGGUGCGGACAUCAAGGCUGUGUGUACAGAGGCCGGUCUUCUGGCUCUUCGCGAGCGUCGAAUGAAGGUGACCAUGGAAGAUUUCCGAAGCUCGAAAGAGACUGUGCUCUACAGGAAGAAGGAAGGUACCCCAGAGGGCUUGUACUUGUAGUUGUAAUAACAAAUCAUCAAA